AUGAGUGAACUUCAAAAGUCUUUUGCCAAAGCAAAACUGGCCAAGUUCCCGUCCGAACUUCCUCCUGUGCCGGGCAUGGAACCCCACGAGGAAGUCGACAAGGAUAGCUCAUCCGUCUCGUCCACCGGCACGGUGGUGCCUUCACCAACAAAGCAAUUGUUUUCGAGACCAGCUCGAGGCUCCACGUCCACAACUCUCCCCUGGACGGACUUUUUUAGCCAGGACUUCUUCUUGACGCAAGAAACCGCCACUGCUCGCAUCACCCAUCAUGUCUACCUGACUCCCCCGAGCUCCUCGGGUCCCCUAUUCGUUAUGCACCACGGGGCAGGUUCCUCAGGCCUAUCAUUCGCGACCUGCACUGCAGAGAUCCGAAAGAUCUUGCCAAGCGCCGGGGUUCUCUCUAUUGACGCGCGAGAUCACGGCCAAACGACUGUGCACGCGGCCCCCGUUCCUGAGGGUCAAGACUCGCCCCCAGUCGAGUUGGAUCUGACCCUGUCGACACUCAACCAGGACCUUGUCUUUGUAGUCCGCGAGACCCAGUCACGUAUGGGUUGGCUCGACCUCCCGGAUAUCGUCCUCGUAGGACAUAGUCUGGGCGGUGCGGUGAUCACCGAUGUGGCGAAGACGGGCGAGUUGGGAGCUAAGGUGUUGGCGUAUGCGGUAUUGGAUGUAGUAGAGGGCUCGGCAAUGGAUGCGCUUCAAAGCAUGGAGAAAUAUCUCUCCACUCGGCCUUCGCGAUUCCCAUCGUUAACUUCAGGAAUAGAAUGGCACACCCGCUCCCGGACAAUCCGAAACCGCACCUCAGCCCGAGUCUCUGUCCCAUCGCUACUCUACGAAGAGGACUCUCCCGCCGAGGACCCCUCCAAGCCCUGGAUAUGGCGAACCAAUCUCGCCGAAACCAAGCCUUUCUGGGAGAACUGGUUUGUCGGACUGAGUCGGAAAUUUCUCGAGGCUCGGGGCGGCAAGCUACUUCUGCUGGCGGGUACGGAUCGCUUGGAUAAGGAAUUGAUGAUUGGACAGAUGCAGGGUAAAUACCAACUCCAAGUCUUCCCGGAAGCAGGCCAUUUCAUCCAGGAAGAUCAACCGACCAAGACAGCUCAGAUCUUGGUGGACUUCUACAAACGCAACGAUCGCAGCGCGCUGGUGCUUCCGCCCAAGGUGGCCGAUCUGCAGGCGUCGGCAGCGAUGAAGAAGAGCACAGGGGGUAGGUAG